GCUGCACGCUGGACGCCGCAGGGACCGUACUGGACGCUUCCAGGGCUUGGCAGGAAGCUGAAGGCUGCCUACCUGUGACCAGGCCAGAGGUGUCCCCGAUGGGCCUGGGGCAGGAGGAGGAGGAGGAGGCCUGGGCGGAGACGCCUCGACAUGUGAAACCCAAGUCCUUCAGGCGGUGGAAUGACGGCGAAGGGGAGGACGAUGCUCUGGAGCCGGUCCGAAGCGAGCAGCGGUUCUUGGAAGACGAGGGAGGAAAGGCGUCUCUUCUGGAAGCUGCAGAUGGGCCCUGUGCCGGGACGGACGGACCUGCUCUCGCGGCCGCAGACGGUGCCCAGGAAGAGUGUUGGCCCAAGGUGGAAAGAUCAAGGAGGGCUGAGGGCGGCAGAGUCAAAGCUGUUUCUGAGGAGACGGAGUCCCCGGCUGACGGGGCCACCCCAGUCCGCGCUGCCCGAGCCCAGGUGGAGGCGGCCCAGAUUCCAGACGCCGCGGAACGAUUUUGGAACGGGGUCAGACGCUCGGCAAGGAUGCCGACCCUGGCCGAUAGUUGCCGAUCAGAGGCCCCACGGGGCCCGACCUCCAGCCAGAAGCCUUCCAUGCCUGUUUCCUGUCUCUGGUCCACACGGAGGCCUCUGCCAGACGCAGUGGCAUUUGUCCCUGACAAGCUGGUUCCCGGUCCCUGCAUGUCUGCUUCCUCCCCAUCGCUGCGCGGAAACCAAGCUAUACGAGGACUCAGAGGUUUGCCCCCAGGUGGGAGCCCGAGCUCCUGGGAGCGCCUGCCCUCUGUGACCGGCCCCGCUCUGAGGAACCCUACCCCGCGGACUUCCUCCCGGGACUUUGCGGGGGCGGCGGGGGCGAUGACCACACCACCAGCGCCCGGGAGAUGCUCCUCGAUUCAGGCAGAUUACUGGGCCUGCGUCCUGCCUGACUCCCUGCCUCCCUCCCCGGACCGCAGCUCCCCGCUCUGGAACCCGAACCAGGAAUACGAGGCCCUGCUGGACUUCACCUAUCCACUGAAGCCCGGGCCCCGGGGGCCGAAGCCUCUCGAGGGGGCUGCGCCACCUGACCACGUCCUUCACGACUCGGGUGUGGACCUGGAUAGCUUCUCCCUGUCACCGGAGAGCUCCCUGCGAUCCCCGGGCACCUCUGCCCACCACCACCCUGGCCUCGCCCCGGGACUCUCCCCGUCGGCCCCCGGAAGGCCAGGCUCCGUGGGAUUGACCGCCUCCGGCUGCCAGGGGCCUUCUCGGGCCUCCCUCAAGUGCCCCCGGCACCCACCCCCUGCUGCCCGGCGCCUUGAGCUCAGCUCCCCGGCACCUGGGCGGCUGCAAGGGGACGGGGCCGGCGGGGAGGAGGGGGUCGGCCCUGAGAAGCCCCGCCGGCGACCCCAGGUCCCGGCCGGGGCAUCAGCGUGGGCCACGCAAGAGGGGAGCGACAGCGAGGAAGAGUAUCUUUCCCUGCCUCCACGUCUGACCCAGGUGUCCAGUCUGGAGCGCUAUCUGGCCGCUGCCCCCGGGGCCAGCCCAGAGCCAGCUAGGCAGAGCGGCGUCGGCGGUGCCGGGCCAGACUGGGCGGACUCUGGUGAAGGCCGCGGUGGAAAACCAUGUGGAGCUCUCCGGACGUCGGGGCCCCACCCUGACCACCUCCAGCUCUUCAGGGAGGACGUGGUCAUGCGUGGCCAGGGCCAGCAGGAUCCGGCAAACCAGUGGGAGAGGCUCGUCUUCUCCUCUUCCUCCUCCCUCCCCUCUUCCCAGCCCUUCUCUCCCCUCAGGGAUGUGCUCGAAGGGGUUUCCUGCUUGUUCACGGAGAAGGAGCAGCAGCAGCUACAGCAAGACAGGAACCGAGUCAAAGGGCCUCUGGUGUGGCGUAUAAAGACAUUCUGCAGUCAACUGGAAGGACUCAUUCACUGGCUGUACAGAGUAGCAGAGAUGAGUGACAACUUGAUUCCACCCAAAUCUAAUAUUUCAAGCCUCAGAUCUUCGCUGCAGCAGUACCGGCAAUUCAGGAGAGAUAUAGCCGAGCACCAGUCUCUGACGGAGGACGUCCUGCAGAAGGGAGAGAGCCUUCUCGCGUGCAUGGUGGAAAAUACUCCCGUGCUGAAGAGCGCCCUUGGACUGAUCUCCAGGCAGACGGGCAGGCUGGAGGAGCACGCUGAGCGGUUGUACGACUCUGUGCUGGCAACUAUGGACACCAUGGACGACCCCGACCCCGUAGCCAAAGGGAACCCUGCCAGCUUAAAUGGAACAGCCGCUGAAAUCUGGACCGGAGAAGAGCCGGUUCUAGUUGGAAGUCCGAGCGGGAACCCUUUUAUGUCGACAGACCAAGCUGGCGAUGAGUAGGAAGAAACUCACCGGGGUCCUCCAGGCUUUAUCUGAAAUUCUCUUGUGCGCAUUUGAGGGCUGGCUGCUUGAUUCACCUUAUGUCUGUUUUUAUUUCAAACACAGCCGGCGACAACAUGGAGUGGGGAGGUGGAGAAAGAGGCGUGAGUAGAAAUGGUGAUGCUAUGCUGGCCCUUUCUUCACUUUUGAGAUACUGUAUGACGUGCACUUUACUCAGUAGAGAGAGCUAGUUCACCAAUGAGGAGGGGAUGGGAAGGGGAAAAGCAUAAUUUCUUCCUUUUCCACGACUAGGAAAGGCAGCUUCCCUGUGCUCAGUCCAUUUCUCAGGAUCAGCCUGUGGGCUCUGCAAGCAGUGGUGAGGCUUCCCCUUUUUCUAGUGAGUUAAGUGCUGAACCAAACAGAAGAGUUGGGAUGGGUAGGCCAAGCAACUUCAAAGAGGUUGUUAGCCAGACUUUGGAUUUUUUUUUUUCACUUCCUUGCUGGUUCCUUUCGGAAAAGUACUAAUGUUGUGUUCGAAGUUUGUCAGCCAUCCGGAAGUGUGAGAUUCCCAGGUCCCCUGUAAUGGGCCUGGGAAGCCUUGGCAGCCCUGGGUCUCCUUUGGCCCCAUCCUUCUUUCCCCCUCUUGGAAGAGUAGUCUUUUUAAGCAGAGGGAAAAGCAGAGAGAAGGAGCAGGUUUCUGAAGGGGGAGGGAAGGGUCUGAGAACUGAAGACCCUUGAGCACCAAACCCAAGCUGCCACUGAAGGGAGACCUUCACCUCGACAGUCCCCACUGCUUUUCUCUUGUGCAGUAAAAAGAUCCCAGCCAUUAUGUGGUGUGGAGGAGGAGAGAGAGAGGAAAAAGAGGAGGAGAUAGAUGGCACACCCCUGAGGGUCAGAUAGCUACAUUCCUGAAAGCUGAGGCGGUAAAUAGUAGGCUCUCAUAUUAGCCACGGCACUAGAAAAAGAGGAUGGUUUGUUUUGCAGUUUACUAAGUUUGUAAUAUGAAAAGGGUGAUAAAAUGGGGAUUAUUCCUUGUGAAUUGAGAGCACUUGCACAAGUAACUGAAGGACCCCCAAAAGGCAGGCUGGGAUCAUGUAGGUAGUGGAGACCUAAUUUCCUAAGAACUGAAAGUCAGUUUUAGCCAAGAGCACACACACACCUACACAACAAAGCCGGGAGGGAGCACUUGAAUCACAAUUUGGUGUCAGGACCCUAGCCUGAAUGCCAGUUAAAAGGAAAAAGGCCCUUGUCACUGAAGAAAAAUAUAAUUAGAGAUUUCUCUGGCAGAGAUACAUUUUCAUCAUUUUUAACCUUUAGCUGCAAGUAUUUUCAGUCAGACUUAGAAUCAGCAAUACAUUUUCUCCAGGAAAUUUACAAUCAUUUGAUUUACAAUAGUGUACCCUGAACCAAAGCUCCAUCUUGAACAGUGCCUUUCACUCUUCCCAGCCACAAAGCAGACUAGCUACUUUUCCUUCAAGGGAAAGUUUGUUUACUGACAUGCUGUGUAGGUUGGUGGUAAUUGGUGCUAUGGUGGUCCUAUUUCUUCAUAAUGUACUACAUGGAAAAAAAGUGUAUGUAUGCAAAUUGGCUCAGCCAUACAACUCUAAUCUAGUGAGUAUUGCUGUUUGGAAGAGCAAAUGAUUGUUUGAAGCUUAUAAUGCUUUUAGGACCAGGGCAACAUUGUCGCCAAGCAGGCCUAGGGCAGAGGCUAAUACUUAAGCACCUUAAGCAAGGACAGCAUGCAUGCAGACAGGGGGCUUCUCAGUUGGAGCAAGGCUACAGUUACAGCCCACUGAGCUAAGGUAAUGUUUGUUGAGGAGGCACUCUUGUCCCAAAUGGCCUCGUAGUCGAGGCAGGGAUCUGUCUGCACCAGCCUUUGGGUCCACUCCACUUUUCUGGGCAGCUCCGACUUGCAACUGGCAACAAAGCUCAGUCCUGGCUAACAGGAGAGGUCGGGGAAAAGCGUAAGGCAAGAAAUCGUCUCACUCUGCAUUGGUGAGACGGUUAGAAAGUCAGUAUUGGACCCAAUUCUGUUGUCCUUUCUUUAUGGGGCAGCCACAGCACCGGAACAACAAAUGAGAUCAGAACAGGGCCCUUCCCCCAAAGUUCAGGAGUUGUUUCAGAAGUGGGGCUUAACCUGCAAAGACAUGAAAUCCCUUAACUCUAAGCUCCUUGUGGGCAGGGAAUGUGUGUUCCAGUUCUGUUGGUAGUGCAGUCCGGUAUUCUGCUAAGUGCUCACUAAAUACCACUUAUGGAUGGACAGCCUUAAAGCACUCUCCAUUGCAGGUUUGUGUAUUGGCCCUGUACCACAUCUUCAUCCCGUACUACCUCCAAAGAAAUCUUACUGUGCUGUUAGAAAUCAGGGGCCCAGAAGAUCUAGGCCAAAGUCUCCUACAGCCCAAACCAGAAAACCAAUAGAUGUUGCAAUGCUGGCAGUUGGGAUUUACUAAUCAGGAGGACUUGAAAGUGGAAGAGCCAUUGAAGACUGUUUACAGGGGCCAGUGGGUAAAAUGUCAAACAAAUUAAACAGGUGGGAGAUUGCCCACCCACAGCUGAAUGCUGUGAGGUGAGCUAACGGGGGAGUGACUGAAACAUGACCUAGUCCUCGAAUGGAAGCUGUAGAGGACUUGGUUUGGUUCUUGGCUGGGGAACCCAGGUCCCCAGGGUGGCAGGGGAGAGACAGGCAGAGCUGGGGAUUCUCAGGGUGGUCUUUCUCCAGGACCUGGUCACACCUGUCAGCCACCACUACUCCUCAGGGACUGGACAGUUAAGGGGUAGAAACACAGUGAGCACAUAAGAGUGUGACAACCCACUACUAUCCUUGCUGCCUUAAUGAAACAGAUUUCCCAAGGCAUUUGUCAAUGUUUCCUGCUUCGCUGGCCAUUGGUAGAGAUGGUUUCCCCCUAUUCUGAUGAUUACUAGAAGGAAAAAGAGGCAGGAAGUUAAUGAUUUGAGGUUGGAGCCCUUCAACUUGAGGUAGUUUUUUUUUUUUUUUUAACUACAGCUUUAAUUGCCACUUCUAGUAAGGAAUCUAGAGUAGAAUCCUUAGCACCCUGAAAUGGAGUAAAAAGUAGAAUAUCUUUUCUUCAGAUUGCCUUUGUAAGCCAGAAGGAACAAAGAGAAAAAUCCAUCUUCAGGUCAGUGGAGGAAAAGAAAAAAAAAGGGGAAGAAUUAGUAAUGGUAAAAAUGAGUUUGCCCUAACACUAGUGUGAAGGGAGUUGAGCACUGGCUGAUAUCAUUCCCGAGAACUAGGACAGGAAGGUAUAACCAAAAACAUGUCCAAGAUGGCAUGGGCCAGGUGAAACCAGGAUUUUUCAGGAAUGCUCUAUUCAGUUAAGAUCUCAUGAGACAAGUAAAAUAUGAUUAAGUGCUUAUGAAGUAAUGUUUUUACAAAUGCACCAGUAUAAACUUAAUAGCAUAGGCAACUCCUGCUGUACAUAAAACUGGAUUUUGUCACAUUUUUAAGGUCCUUGACAUUUUAGUUUCAUUCAACUUUACUGUAAGAGGUAGUUUCUAAACAUAUUUUCUGUGGUAUAUUAAGGCAAAUAGGAUGGCUGUUUGGUGCAAAUUUUAUCAACACGUACUGUGUUCGAUUUUACAGCAAAGCUCAGUUGCCUUAUGUAAUGUGAAGAGAGCCAACAAGCACAUCUAUAAUACAAAGAAAACUACGAUUUUAUUGUGAAAUUCUCAGAUGGAAAAUUCAGUUGAAUAUUUAUUCUUUUUCAUUUCAUGUUACAAUAAUCUCACCACUUAUUUUUGUACCAUGUAUUUUACGAUUGCCUGUUCAGUAAAAGUUGUAAAUUUUA